GCCAACAUCUGCUUCUGAUGCUGUGGGCCAAAAAUAGGAGGCAUUAUUUCCUGAGCAGCCCUUAUAUCACAAUCAGGCAUGUUGUUGAGUGUUUGGGAUCCAGUGCUCAGUUAGCACUGGAAAAAGUGUUAAGUGUGAGAAAUUUCUAUGCCUCUUAACCAGAUGCUGAAGCUGCUUGCUCCUGAAGUGCACUGAUGCAACUCUUUGUGGGCCUGCAUUGCAUACUCUCGCAUAAGAUUAAGAGCUCCUUAAAAACAGUGGAGCUUUUGUUACAAACUAACUGUUAUAAUGUACAGCAAGCACUUUGCAGACAGCUGUAUCACUGCAGAUAAGAUAGUGACAAGGAUUGGGACCUUGCAGGUUGUGGUGGGUGGAUGACUAAAAAAGGGGGGAGGCCUUCAACACAGCUAUCUCUGAUAAUGAGGCCAGCUGGAAAUCCUUGGGCUAAUCUCCACAGUUUGAGUUUCUGUAAUCAGCUUCUCUGCCUUCUAUUGUGCAAUUACUCUCUUAUUUCCAUGAUGUUUUCAGUACUUGUGAGACCACGGAAAAUGUUUCUUGGGAGUGUAUUUCGUGAUGAUUUCAAAUGGUCAGGAGGGUGUACACUGAAGUGGUAUCUGUAGGGAAAUGAAUUUCUUGGAAACGGUCAAGAAAGUGUGUUGCGUUCUUAGUACCCUAGCUUGUUUCACAGCAAGCAACUUUGUCUGCAAAGGCACUAGCAAGGUUUCUUGUAAACUGUAUCAAAUUAUAUUUUGGGAUCUUUAGUGCAGAGUGGUAUAAGCUAAGUGCGGGAGCUACUUCAGGUGCAUUUGAGUGCAAUAUUAAUGUCAAUAAUACACAAACUUCUUAAAAUUGAAAGUAGAUGUCGUCUUGUGUAUAUUUUCUUCUGAUGCUACUUAAGGUCUACACUAGAUUUGGUUCUGCUGGCCCUGAAUUGUGUGAAAAUAGAAUUGAGAUUGAUGUACAGUCCUCAUUGUGUAGCUAGGAUUUGUGAGCUGCUUUAAAAAAGCAAGCAGGAAGAGUAGAAUGAUACAGAUGCAGUAAUUGAUUCAAGAUUGAGGUGGCAAUGAGCCUUGGUUUAUGAAUUUUCCUAGCAGUCAACUGCAUGCUUUAGCCAGAUUUUUCCCUGGAAAGGUAGGGAGGAUGAUGUAUGUAAGUCAACGUGUUGAAAUGUUUGUCAUCCAUCUUACACACUUAAAGACAUAUGCACACACAAAACCCCAAAUGAACAAUUCCCUUAAAUUGUUCACAAUUCUUUGAUGCUGUCAAAGAAUGUGAUCAUGGUAUUUGCACUUAUUUGUACCCUGUACAUUUAAGUGAGUUUGUAUUCUAAUUUUACUAACUUAAAGCAAAUAAUUUUGUGUACUUGGAAACAAAUGAUAACAUAUUCUUAAUUGUAAUUGUCUUGAUUUACUUAACAGUCUAUGGUAAAACUGACAGGUUGUUUAUUUUUGUAACCUCAUAGGGAUCUGAGUCACAACAAAUUAUCUUCAAUCAAGGCCAAUUUCUUGGAUCACCUUCAUAGUCUUCGGGAAGUGAAGUUGAACAACAAUGAACUGGAGAUCAUUCCAAAUCUGGGACUAGUCUCUGCAAAUAUAACUCUUCUGUCUUUGACCAGUAAUAAGAUUGCCAACAUCUUACCUGAACAUCUGAAGCCAUUUCAGAGUUUAGAAACUUUGGAUUUGAGCAACAACAACAUAUCAGAGCUAAAAAUGUCGUCAUUUCCUUCCUUGCAGCUCAAGUAUCUGUACAUUAACAGUAACCGAAUAACCUCCAUGGAGCCUGGUACCUUUGACAAUUUGUCUACCACACUUCAAGUAUUAAAACUGAACAGGAACAGAAUUUCAGCAAUCCCUCAAAAGAUGUUUAAACUUUCCCAUCUGCAACACCUGGAAUUGAAUCGCAACAAAAUUAGAAAAAUAGAUGGGCUUACUUUCCAAGGACUUCCAGCUUUGAAGUCGUUGAAACUACAGAGAAACGGGAUUACGAGGCUCAUGGAUGGUGCUUUCUGGGGAUUAACCAACAUGGAAGUUUUGCAGCUGGACCAUAACAACUUAACAGAGGUAACCAAAGGCUGGCUUUAUGGUUUGCUGAUGCUGCAACAGCUCCAUCUCAGCCAAAAUGCCAUCAGCAGGAUCAGUCCUGACGCCUGGGAAUUUUGCCAAAAACUCAGUGAGCUAGAUUUGACGUUCAAUCACUUAGCAAGGUUAGAUGAUUCAAGCUUUGUUGGCUUAAGCGUGCUAGUUGGACUGUACAUUGGAAGCAACAAAGUAAACUACAUUGCUGAUUGUGCCUUCCGGGGACUUUCUAGUCUGCAGACUUUGGAUCUGAAAAACAAUGAAAUAUCGUGGACUAUUGAAGAUAUGAAUGGUGCGUUCUCUGGUCUGGAUGAACUUAGGAAGCUGUGAGUAGCAACAUCUCUAAU